UUUUUCCAGAAGUAAUUUAUUUUUAAAACAGUAUGUCUCCUCUGAAGAUACAUGGUCCUAUCAGAAUUCGGAGUAUGCAGACUGGGAUAACAAAAUGGAAAGAAGGGUCAUUUGAAAUUGUGGAAAAAGAAAAUAAAAUCAGCUUAGUUGUUCACUACAACACUGGAGGAAUUCCAAGGAUAUUUCAGCUGAGUCAUAACAUUAAAAAUGUGGUGCUUCGACCCAGUGGAGCAAAACAGAGCCGCCUAAUGUUAACUCUGCAAGAUAACAGCUUCUUGUCUAUUGACAAAGUGCCAAGCAAGGAUGCUGAGGAAAUGAGAUUGUUUCUAGAUGCAGUCCAUCAAAACAGACUUCAUGCAGCCAUGAAAUCACCUCAGGGAUCUGGUAGUUUUGGAGCAAUUCUGGGUAGCAGGACUUCACAGAAAGAAACCAACAGGCAGCUAUCCUACUCAGAUAAUCAGACCUCUUCAAAAAGAGGAAGUUUGGAAAAUAAAGAUGAUACUUCGUUUCGGAAAGUGCUUGGUACUCCAAGUAGAGGAGCCGUCAAGACUGCAGUGGGAAGUGGUAUAUCUGUCUCCAGGACAAUUCCCUCUUUGCCUUCUUUGACAUCUACUUCACUUCUGAGAUCAGGAAUAUUAGAAAACAGGACUGAAAAGAGAAAAAGAGUGUUGUCAUCUGGCUCAGAGUUGAAUGAAGAUUACCCUAAGGAAAAUGAUUCAUCAUCGAACAACAAGGCGAUGACAGACCCCUCAAGAAAAUAUUUAACCAGCAGCAGAGAGAAGCAACUGAGUUUGAAACAGUCUGAAGAAAAUAGGGCAUCAGGACUUUUGCCUUUGCAGUCAUCAUCCUUUUAUGGUAGCAGAGCUGGAUCCAAGGACUACUCUUCCAGCAGCACUAACUUAGACAGGAUGAAUGUUUCUGGCCAAACUCCCUCUGCUAAAAGAAGUUUGGGAUUUCUUCCUCAGCCAACUCCACUCUCUGUUAAGAAACUGAGAUGUAAUCAGGAUUACACUGGCUGGAACAAACCCAGGUUGCCCCUUUCUUCUCACCAACAGCAACAACUACAGGGCUUCUCCAAUCUGGGAAAUACCUGCUAUAUGAAUGCUAUUUUGCAGUCUCUAUUUUCACUGCAAUCAUUUGCAAAUGACUUGCUUAAGCAAGGUAUCCCAUGGAAGAAAAUUCCGUUCAAUGCACUUAUCAGACGCUUUGCACAUUUGCUUGUUAAAAAAGAUAUCUGUAAUUCAGAGACCAAAAAAGAUUUACUCAAGAAGGUUAAGAAUGCCAUUUCAGCUACUGCAGAGAGAUUCUCUGGUUAUAUGCAAAAUGAUGCUCAUGAAUUUUUAAGUCAGUGCUUAGAUCAGCUGAAAGAGGACAUGGAAAAAUUAAAUAAAACUUGGAAGACUGAAUCUAUUCCUGGUGAAGAAAACUCACCUGAUGUUUCAGCCACCAGAGUAUAUACUUGUCCUGUUAUUACUAAUUUGGAAUUUGAGGUUCAGCAUUCCAUUAUCUGCAAAGCAUGUGGAGAGAUUAUUCCCAAAAGAGAACAGUUUAAUGACCUCUCCAUAGACCUUCCUCGAAAGAAAAAGCCACUCCCUCCUCGUUCAAUUCAAGAUUCGCUUGACCUUUUCUUUAGGGCAGAAGAGCUUGAGUAUUCCUGUGAGAAGUGUGGUGGGAAGUGUGCUCUUGUUAGGCACAAAUUCAACAGGUUACCAAGGAUCCUUAUUCUUCAUUUGAAGCGAUACAGUUUCAAUGUCGCCCUCUCACUUAACAGCAAAGUUGGCCAGCAAGUAAUCAUUCCACGGUACCUGACCCUGUCAUCACAUUGUACGGAAAAUACAAAACCACCCUUCACUCUCAGCUGGAGCACACACAUGACAGUUUCUAGACCAUUGAAAGCCUCUCAAAUGGUGAAUUCCUGCGUCACCAGCCCUUCUACACCUUCAAAGAAUUUUUUCUUUAAAUCCAAGAACUCUUUGGCUUUAUGCCUUGAUUCAGAUGGUGAAGAUGAGCUUAAACGCUCUGUGGCCCUGAGCCAGAGACUUUGUGAAAUGACAGGUCGUGAACAGCAGCAGCAGGAAGACCUUGAAAAAGAUUCAAAAUCCCACAGAAUAGAACCUUGUAAGGCUGAAUCAGAAAACCCAGGAUAUGAUGGGAUGAGUGAGGAAGAGCUCCUAGCAGCUGUGUUAGAGAUAAGUAAAAGAGAAACUUCACCAUCUCUGAGUCGCGAUGAUGAUGAGAAACCAACCAGCAGCCCAGAUACUGGAUUUGCAGAAGAUGAUAUUCAAGAAAUGCCUGAAAAUCCAGACCCUGUGGAAACUGAGAAAUCCAAAACAAUUACAGAAUUGGAUUCUGCCAGUUUUACUGAGAUUACUAAAGACUGUGAUGAGAAUAAAGAAAACAAAACUCCAGAAAGUUCUCAGGGAGAGGUUGAUUGGCUUCAGCAAUACGAUAUGGAGCGUGAACGAGAAGAACAAGAACUUCAGCAGGCACUAGCUCAGAGCCUUCAAGAGCAAGAAGCUUGGGAACAGAAAGAAGAUGAUGAUCUCAAGAGAGCCACAGAGUUAAGUCUCCAAGAGUUUAAUAGCUCUCUACUGGAUUCCUUGGGUUCUGAUGAGGACUCUGGGACUGAGGAUGUUUUAGAGAUGGAAUACACAGAAGCCGAAGCAGAGGAGCUCAAAAGAAAUGCUGAGACAGGAAAUCUUCCUCAUUCUUACCGGCUCAUCAGUGUUGUCAGUCACAUUGGGAGCACUUCUUCUUCUGGUCAUUACAUCAGUGAUGUGUACGACAUUAAGAAGCAGGCGUGGUUCACUUACAAUGAUUUGGAGGUAUCGAAAAUCCAAGAGUCUUCUGUGCAGAGUGAUCGGGACCGAAGUGGUUACAUCUUCUUUUACAUGCACAAGGAGAUCUUUGAUGAGCUGCUGGAGACAGAAAAGAACUCUCUGCCCCUUUACAUGGAGGGAGGGAAGGCCAUGCGCCAGACCUCCUGAGAAUCCAGGAUCACAACGUGUAUUGCACAGCCUCUGACCACUCCACCUCGGCUUGAUCCAGGAGCAACACACAGCUCAGGGCAACACCAAAAGAUGAGACACUAAUUGUUCUAUGGAAACCUGUUUUUACACCUGUCCCCAUUAUCCUCUUUCUCCUACAUGUGUGGCACUUCCUUUUUGUCUUAGGGGAGUACCUAUUAUAAAUGUGUGCCUCUGUGUGUACAUAUGUACGUGCAUGCACAUUUCUUUGGAAGGAUGGAACAUCUGUGUGUGUGCAGUUUACGUGGAAUGAAUGGAGCCUUAAAAGAGUCAGGUUGAGCCACCAGAGUAUUCUUGCUCAAAAUUAAUAGCACAGUAGUUGGAAGAAGAAAUGAAGUUGCCAGAGUACACUUACCAGAGAAAUGGGCGGGGAUAUGUAUAUCUCAUGCUCUGCGUGUUUCUCUUCAAUGGGCUUUGAAUUCUCCUUUUCCUUGAGAAAU